UUGCUGCUAGCAGAGCGCAGGCCGCAGUGAUUCGGUAGCCGCUGCAGUAGGAGGAAGGACCGCGGUUCUACCGCUUCUAUCUUUCAGUUUCGCCUCAAAAUUCGCUUGGUGGAUCUUUCUGGUAGCAACCAGUUAAUUAUAUGUACAGUAACUGUCUCCUAUGAGAGCUAAAUCGUAGUAUUACCAGCGGACAGUGAUAUCAAUCGCCAUUUUAAUCGCACGUUUUCCCUGUCAGAAGCGCUAGCACAACAAUGGCUCUGAAAAGAAUUCACAAGGAGUUGAACGACUUGGCACGGGACCCACCAGCCCAGUGUUCUGCAGGACCAGUAGGAGAUGAUAUGUUUCACUGGCAAGCCACAAUAAUGGGACCUAAUGACAGUCCUUACCAGAGCGGGGUUUUCUUCUUGACCAUACACUUCCCCACAGACUACCCCUUCAAACCGCCAAAGGUUGCAUUUACCACAAGAAUCUACCACCCAAAUAUCAACAGCAACGGCAGCAUCUGUCUUGACAUCCUGCGAUCACAGUGGUCUCCAGCUCUCACCAUCUCCAAAGUUCUCCUGUCCAUCUGCUCUCUGCUGUGCGACCCAAACCCGGACGACCCAUUAGUACCCGAGAUCGCCCGCAUCUACAAGACUGACAGGGAAAAGUACAACAAAAUAGCUCGGGAAUGGACACAAAAGUAUGCAAUGUAGUGUUGGGGGUAGAAAUAUGGCCAACCACCUCUACGACGUAAAGGCUAGGGGAGCUUCAGACGUAAAGAGAAAACAAACAAAAAAACCAUACAAACAAAUGAAAAGUUUAAACAAGAUCUUGUUGGUUUCCAUUGGAGUGCUUUCUUUGAGCCACGCCUCCCCUUCACCAGAGUACCUGUAAAACUCCCUCUGCCCCAUCUCCCCACCUCCUCUCUCUCUGUCUCUGUUUUCUCUAUCUUACCCUUUGCUUCCCCGCCUCUCAGCUCACCUGCCCAUCCUUUAGUGUACAUAUUGUCAACUUGCAGCGGUAAAAUCCAUUUCUCCUUUUUCACCGCCUCCUCCCCCUCCUCCUCUCCAUUUCCUCCAUUUGUCACCGAGCAGGCUGGGCUGUCGCCGAUCCUCCACCUCCUUUGUUUUCCUCUACACGCCCGCAUCCUCACCCACCGUCACUAAAAGCAUUCCUUUAAGCACCUGUCAAGCUUUGAAGGGACCUUUUUUCGUUUUUUUUUUUUGUUUUUUUUUUAAUUUGGGGGGAGGGGACAGUAAGAUGGAGGGAUUUUUACACUCUGCACCCUUUCUUGUUUUGUUAUCCUAGUGAUUUCCAUCUGUAGGGGUGACAUUUCAAGAAAGUAGUCAAAGGGCACUCUGUUUUAUACAACAAAUACUAGGCUAUGUAACAUGGAAAAAAAAUAAUACACAGCCUAUUUUUCGUCUUCUGUUGGAUUCUAUGAAAGGACUUGAAUUUUUUUCCCCACACCUCCUGCUCCUCAUUCCUCCUCCCCAAUCUCCCCUCACCCAAGUUGACCCCUUUGUACACACACACAUACACAGACACACAUGCACGCACAACUGUAACCCCAUGUCACCCCCACCACUACCUUUUCUUUAUUCACAAAAGUGGAGGUUCUGGACCAGGUAUUUAAGCAAUUCAUUUUUUUUUUCUUAGUUUAACCUGUGUUUUUAUUUCCCACCCCAUAAUUCUUUAGGUUGCUUUUAUCUUUUUUUUUUUGUUUGUUUUUUUUGCUAUUGUUAAAUUAGAGGCUAACAUCUUAAAUGGCUAUGGGACUGGCUUGGGCUCUGGGUGCGAGGAGAACCCACUCUUCUUGCACAAAACCUCUGUAUAUUGAAUUACCUGAGAGGCUCAUUGAGCUUUGUGUGUUGAUUAAACUGUGUAAUAAAAA